GUUUGAAAAUUGCAUUCAAGAUUGUCACUCAAGUCUUAUAGCCACGUCCCUUCAUCAAAGAUCACUUUGGGCAUUUGCUUCAUGACAAGAACUUUCAUCCAUUGAGAAACUGUCUCAUUUCUUGAAUCUGUCCAAGAGGGUGCUGAGUUUUGAAUUUUUUUUCAAAGAUGAAUGAUCUGAUGACGAAAUCGUUCUUAAGUUAUGUUGAACUGAAGAAACAGGUCAUGAAGGACCUUGAAAAUGAACGUGAUAUUGAAGCAGGGCAACUCAACCCCACACAACUAGAAGACCCUAAUCUCACUCAGUUCUUCCAAGAAGUGGAUGCAAUCAAGGUUGAAAUGGAAGAGAUCACCAAUCUCUUAUUUGAUCUUCAGCAACUGAAUGAAGAAGCAAAGUCCACACACAGUGCAAAAGUCCUCCGUGGACUAAGAGACCGCAUGGAAUCUGACAUGGUUGCGGUGCUUCGCAAGGCCAAGAUCAUCAAGGCAAGGCUUGAGGUCCUGGACCAAUCCAACAUAGCCAAUAGAACUUUAUCAGAGUCCUAUAAAGAGGGUACACCAAUUGAUAGGACAAGGAGUUCUGUCACAAAUGGUUUGAGGGUCAAGCUUAGGGACAUGAUGAAUGAGUUUCGGUCCUUGAGGGACAAGAUACUGUCUGAUUACAAGGAAGAUUUGAAGAGAAGGUACUACAGCGCGACCGGCGAGGUUCCGAGUGAGGAGGUCAUGGACAAGAUGAUCUCAGGGAGUCUCAAAGUUGAGUUUUUGGCUGGGAAAACAGAUGCUGACAUGGGAAAUCAGGUUAGACAUGAGGCUGUGAUGGAUAUUCAGAGGAGUUUGAACAAGCUUCACCAAGUGUUUCUUGAUAUGGCUAUUCUGGUUGAGACACAAGGGGAGAAAUUGGACAAUAUUGAAGAUAAUAUGGCCAGUGCUGGUAACUACAUCCAUGGUGGAACUAAUAGUCUUUACUAUGCCAAUCAGAUGAAGAAGAAGAACCAUAAAUGGUGGUGCUGGGUUUGUGCUGUUGGGUUGAUUGUGCUGUUGGUGUGCUUCAUAGCAAUGUUGACUUCUUGACUGGAGUAAUUUUUUGAGGAGAGUUUCGAGUUUUUGAGACUGUAAAAAGCUCUUUCCACUUCCUCCUAAUGCUUGGUUUUUCUAGAAUUGUGGGAAUAGGUUCUGUUAAU